UUACGGUUCAUUUGUCCCUCUCGUCUCGUCUCGGCCCCUCCCCUCUGCAACUCCGCGAUGGCUGCAGUUCCCUGGUCAGUUCCCGAGCUUCCCCUCUUCCUCGAGCCAUCCUUCAGAACGCCUCACCGGUCACCUCUGCUGACCUACCGGCCAUUGCAGAAGUUCCAUAAGCCAUUUACUUCCUUUCAGACUUCUCGUUCGAGCUCUAAGCGGAGAGCGGUAGUGCCGGCAGUUACCUCCACGGUAGUGAACGAUGAGGUUACCGAGUCCCCCAGUUUGGACGCUGGAACCGCCGUUCCUGCAUCUUCUAAGGUUGUCCUCGUCCUCGGAGGCUCCGGUGGUGUUGGACAGCUGGUUGUUGCGUCGCUGCUAAAACGGGAUAUUAAAACACGGCUCAUACUGCGAAAUCCCGAGAAGGCCGUGUCUUUGUUUGGUGAACAAGAUGAAGAGAAAUUAAAGGUAUGGAAAGGAGACACUAGGAACGCGCAGGAUCUCCAUCCAUCGAUGUUUGAGGGAGUCACACAUGUGAUUUGCUGCACGGGAACUACAGCCUUUCCUUCGAAGCGGUGGGAAGGGGACAAUUCUCCGGAACGUGUAGAUUGGGAGGGUGUGAGAAAUGUUAUUUCUGCUCUGCCGAAGUCUUUGAAGAGAGUAGUUCUGGUUUCGUCAGUUGGUGUUACUAAGUGCAAUGAGCUUCCAUGGAGCAUUAUGAACCUUUUUGGGGUUCUCAAGUAUAAAAAGAUGGGGGAAGACUUCCUUCGGGAAUCUGGCCUUCCUUUUACUAUACUAAGACCUGGUAGAUUGACUGAUGGACCCUACACGUCAUAUGAUCUGAAUACUUUGCUGAAAGCUACAGCUGGGGAACGUCGUGCAGUUGUAAUCGGUCAAGGGGACAAGCUUGUUGGAGAGGCCAGUAGACUUGUCGUUGCUGAGGCUUGUAUACAGUUAUUGGACAUAGAAUUCGCUGAAGGCGAAGCUUAUGAGAUCAACUCUGUUGUGUGCGGAAGGAAUUAUCACUUAUCAAAAGAAAAAGUAUGGAAGGAACUUCUCACUAGGUAACAUUUUCUUCGCCAAAUGCCAAGAUGAGAAAAUAUAUCCUUCAAGAACAGACUUAUCUAAGGGUCGAAUUUCCUGGAAAGAAAAACUACCCAGGCGGUUUCACUUAAUACAUGCACUGAUCCAUUAAAAACCCGUUGCUUCUUCCUCAAAGAGAAGGAACUCAAUAUGGCUGUUGUUACACCAAGAUCCUGAUCUUAAGAGAUGUUUAAUGUUGAUGAGGUCCAGUUUGUUAAGUUCAUAUACUGGUGUGAGGCUCAGAUUAGUUCAACCCGAUCUCUUUCUACUUUAGUUCUGUUUCUAAGUUGCUAAUGCUAUCACGAAAGCGGAAUUAGAACGUAAUUGAUCCGCUGAUGGGUUAUCCUAC